AUGCGCAGCACCCAAAGUGGUUGUCAUUUUCAUGCUACUUCUGGUAACCAUCAUUUUCCCACCCCCACAGAAGUAUUUUUCACCCUAGGAUCCCAUUUCAACCGGCAACAGCAACAACAACAGCAGCAGCAGCAGCACAGCCAUGCUACCUCUUGCCGGCACUUCCAGUUAGGUCCUCAGGCCCCUCUGCCCAUGGACUUCCCCAUGCCCCACCCAGGGCAGCCACAGUCAGGCAUUAGCCCCCACCUGGCCCCUCCCGGCCACCAGCAUGGCCCUCCGCUCCACCCGCCCCUCAAUCCGCUACCUGCUCCCCAGUUCCAGGAUAUCCCCGCCCCGCCCUUCCUACCUCAGGCAUUACACCAGCAAUAUCUACUCCAGCAGCAGAUCCUGGAGGCCCAACACCGACACAUCCUGCCACCCUCCAGGGAUCUGAGCGUGGACGCUGGGCUGCCGCCUCACCAGUAUCACAUCCACCCCCUGCCACAGCACUAUCAGCACUACCUGACCUCCCCCAGGAUGCACCACUUCCCCCGAAACAACGCCUCAACACAAGUGGUCGUCCAUGAGAUCCGAAACUACCCGUAUCCGCAGCUGCACUUGUUGGCUCUGCAGAGUCUCAACCCUUCCCGCCACGCGUCCGCCGUUAGAGAAAGCUACGAGGAACUUCUGCAGCUUGAGGACAGACUCGGCAGUGUAAACCGUGGAGCGGUGCAAACCACCAUCGAGAGAUUCACCUUUCCCCACAAGUACAAAAAGGUAGGGCAGAAGCUUCUUCACCUGCCGGCCGGUUGGCAGAGGAUACCCCAGGACCUAAAGAUGUGUCUGGAUGACGAGGAGCUGGAUACCGAUGAAAAGUGCACCAUUUGUCUGUCGAUGCUGGAAGAUGGAGAGGACGUCAGGAGAUUACCCUGCAUGCACCUCUUUCACCAGGCGUGUGUGGACCAGUGGCUGGCCACCAGUAGGAAAUGCCCCAUCUGCAGAGUGGACAUUGAGACCCAGCUCACCCCUGACAGUUGAUAGCUCCUGCCCCCUGCUGCAGCUAUGGAUCUGGUCUUGGUCAUUUAUGUCGCCUCCCUUUGGGGAGGCUCUGCCAAACACCCCUCUUUCCCUCUGCAUCACUCAAAGAGCCUGCCUUCUGAGACAGCUGUGACAGAGGGAUUAACAAAGCACACUCAUCUACAACACAACGAGGAGCGGGGGGGGGGGGGGGGGGGCUGACGAACCGAUAGGUGGCGGGACUGAAGGUCAGUUUAAUGGACUUUGCUGGAUGUAAAAGAUGGAGGAGUGGACAUGUAUGGACAGAUGUGCUGAGGUUUCACACAAUUCUGUGGGAUUGUGUACCCCUGUGUGCAUUUUUCCAUACAGCCACCAAAUGAGAGGACACUCCGACUACCAACCUCCCCAGUUCAGUGUGGCGUAUUAAGGCCAUUUCUCUGCCACUAUGUCCACACCCUCUCCCCCAGCUCUGUGAAAAAUCCUUUAAGCUGCACUGUGCCCAAGCCCUCAGCACAUCUGUACAGAACAUUAUCAAAUGAAUAGCAUGAGGUUGUGUGGUGUGAACUCUCGUAGCUGAACGCUUGUGGUGUCAUGGAGUAUAGUACUGAAUAAGUAUUUACAGAGUAACAGUGUUGUGUAGCAAGCAAAAAGCCUUUUGAGAAAUAUGUUUGUGAAAAUAAACCUACAGAGAGGGUGAAUCCAACUCUAGAGUAUUCAGUGUGUUAAAUCAUAAGCAACAAGAGAAGAGCUACUAGUCAUGUAAAAAGGCCAAAAAUCCUUCUUUCUUGUCUAACAGGUUUUGGAUUUACAGUUAGUAGACGCCAUCAAAGUUGAUGCUAAACCCGCUAACUGCAGGCAUGGCUUCCAGUGAUGUGUGUAGUGUCGUAGUGGGGCCUCUAUAACCUAGAGCAGAGGCCUCAGAUGUGCAUGCUGUAUGGCAGGCUUGGGCUGUGUCGUUAAUAUUGUGGAGCCGUAGAAACAGGGACUGUGUCUGUGCAUGUGAACCGUAUAUUAUGACGAUGAUCCCGCUCAUUCAUGGAGGAGGACAAGAACGCACCUAUUAGCUCACUACCCCCCUUCCCACUCAUCCCAAAUCGACCAAAGUUGCCCUCAGACACUGAUCCUAGACCAGCGCGGCGUGUCUUUUUCCUUCUGGUUUUCCGCCGGGAUGGAAAGAGCCGCGGGGCGGAUCCGUGUCUGACGGCAACUCCUCUCUGUGGCCUCGCUCAUGGCUCGUUCAUGAGAGGCCGGCAUGGGCUUGAGAAUGCGGUGCCUGAGUCUUGCCAUCAGAUUGACAUUUGUAUUACCUAUUACCAGAACCUUAUUGCCUAUCGAACAAGCACAUGUGAUUUCUAUAUACAGUGAAUCGCCUCUGUUGUGUAACAGCUCCUUUCAUUUCAAUCUGAGUUGCUCCCACUGUUUGAUUCGAAGAUUGUGUCUGGUGUUACAGGGAAAAAUACAAACUAGUUUGCCUGUGAUAUGAGCUAGAAUGUGUCUGAUCGUCCCACCCCUCUGUCCAUGGUACUAGUGUGUGGUAUUGCUAGAACAACUGUGACAUGUGCAGUGAUAGAAGCUGUGACUCGAUAUCAUGCAUGAACCAUGCUGGCGCACUUCACGUGAAGGAGGGUGAAAGGGAGAAAAAGCCAUCCAUUUGAAAAAUACCAAACAACUGUUUUUUAACAUGAAUUUGAUUUCAAGUGUUUUUCCUUUCUGCCAUUUCUUUUUCGUUUUUUUUUUCUCGUUUUUUAAGCUUUAUUUCUGUCUGUUUAAUCUUUUUGCUCACCUGCCAAUUUGGACAUGGUACUAAUAUGCUGGGUCCUUGUCCAUUUUAACCAUAGUGAAGAAGAAGCUGCAAAACAUAUUUAUUGUUGUUAUAAUGUAGCUUGUGUUUUGUAAAUGCACUAUAUUAUGGAGUUGCCUGAUUUUUUUGGUUUGGUGGCGUGGGUACUUCUUGUCCUAGAUUUUGUGUUCUUAUUGAGUUCCGAGUAUUUUCAUGCUUUCUUGUGUAUUAUCGGAGGGUAACUUGACUGUUUGUGUUGCUUUUUUUUUUCUCUCCUUUUUUUCCUUUUCGUAUGAAACCUCCAUCCAAAAAACUACAUAUGGAUGAAAAUGGAGGUUUGCUAGUUCACAUAGAAUGCUGUGAUUAAAGAUGCCUUAAGUAUUUAACAAUCAUUAUUUAUUACUAACUGUAGCUAGCUAGCUAUUGUGGUGGAAUAUUUAAUGUCUCUAUCUCAUAACUUUGCAAUUUAAUCAAUAUAUUUAUUUAAAAUAACACAAAAUAUAAAAAAAAUACCUCAUUAUGCAUUGGUCGGUGGGGAUGCUUCUGCAUGCCGUCAGUGUUUUCUUUUUCAAAGGAGAAAAAUAGAAAGUUGUUGAAAAAGCAACUGGGGGUGUAUCCUAACACAUUUUCUAGCCAGCAUGGUGCUGUUGAUCUAGAUGACAUUCCAUUCAUCUUCUGAUUUACUCUUAAAUGUUUUAUCUCUUAAAACAUCUAAAGCAGAAGUCAGGGUCAAACCCUGCUCGUCUUAUCUUGCUUUUCUCAUAUGAUAUCGCUUUACUCGUUGUAAUCAGCACAUUUGAUUUCAGUUUUCACAUUGUUCAUUUUGUUGUUACCGCAUUCAUACUUUCCGUCACGCCAGGAUCUCUAUUUAAUGUUUAUUGCUUUAGGACUCACAUAAAAAGCUGUAUGACUUACAUAUUGCUGGCAGUUGCUUUGUGUGGGAUUUUGGGACGUACCUAACAUGCUAACUUGAGCCAUUGAUCUCUUGAGCAAACUUCUGGUGUACUGUGGUUUAACAAUAUAGAUGUUUCACACCUGGUUAUGAUAAGCUAACUCUGUUUUGGUGUGCAUUCUUGAUAAUACUCUACUAACCCCGCAAAUUAUUCAAACAUGUUUUGGAUUGGAAUGAAGCUGACUGGUCUUACGUUUUAUUAUUUCAUUUUGUGCUCUCACUGGCCUUAUCCCAUGCCCUCCACAGUGUACCCCAUAACUCCAGAGUGAACUGGACAGUAGCCAUAGUAUUAACUCAAGCUGAUGAACCGGAAUGAACAGUAGAACUUAAAGCACAAGCUUUUUAAUGCAUGUCCUUCUCAGGUUUUCCUAUGUGUAUGUGGGAGUAGCUCUGUAGAUGUGUUUAAUAUGAUGCUGUACCUUCUUGAAUAUUUCAGAUGUUUCUUUGCUGCUGAAAAAAUGUUGAUUAUUAACCUGCCAGUGAAAAAGGGAAGUGGCCAUCUUUGUACAACACACUGCUGUUUUGCUGUAACCGCGCAAUGUUUUAUGAUCUUGAGUAUUUUAUAGAAAAGUAGAAGUAUGUAUCAAUAAUAUGAAAGCAAUAGCUAAAUCAUAAUGAAGAAUAACAUGAUCAGUGAAUAUUGUGGAAAAUCUUUAGAUUCACUCUGGGUGGAUUUUGUACUGUAUUUAUUACUAAUGAUGAUGCAAAAAGUUGCAUAGCUUAACCCAAACUGUUCUGUCUCUUUUUUAUUUAUUGUCUUGUAUAUGAUCUUUUUGUAUGUGUUUUUCAAAUAAACUGCCUAAAAUACUGACA